GACGGACCUCUCCAGAAUUCCUUCGGAUAAUCAUCACCCGCCACGUCCUUCUCCUCUUCUCCCAAAGUAUACAGUGCCAAACCUCUCCAAAGCCCCCAGUGCGCCUUUCAUCAUCAAUUGAUUCAAUUCGCCCUCCAAUUCGCUCAAUCCCCAAAACCCAAAUCUCAAAAUCCAAUCUUCUUCUCUGCGGUCAUUUCAAUUCGAUCCAAUCCAAUCGCACCUCACCCUGUCGGCCAAACUCUGCGCAGAAGCCCUAACAACAAUGUCGACUCUCUGCGCGUCCGCUGCCGUACAAGCGAGCUGCUGCCCCCACGCGCCGACUUCUUCGUCUUCUGCUCCGGCCAAGUGUUCCCAGCAAUCUCUCUCUGGUUUCUCAAUCUUUGCCGCCUCGUCCUCCUCAAUUUCCCACCACCGCCACCUCUCGGCUUUAUCUUCUCGCAGCUGUUCAUUUGCAGACGCUUCCGCCAUUCUCAAGUCCGUCCACAUGCAUUCCGUAAAGAAUCGAAGCAAGUCUCUUGUCGUGCGUGUGGCCUGGGAAGGUCCUCUAUCUUCUGUUAAACUUAUCCUCCAAGGCAAGAACUUUGAGUUAACUGAUAAUGUUAAGAAGUACGUGGAAGAGAAAGUUGGCAAGGCCAUUCAGAAGCACAGCCACCUUGUGAGGGAAGUAGAUGUUAGGUUGUCAGUUCGUGGUGGAGAGUUUGGGAAAGGCCCCAGGAUUCGGAGAUGUGAGGUAACUUUGUUCACAAAGAAACAUGGAGUGGUCCGGGCAGAAGAACAUGCAGAGACGGUCUAUGGGAGUAUAGAUUUGGUGUCCUCAAUUAUACAGAGGAAAGUGAGGAAGAUUAAGGAAAAGGAUUCGGAUCAUGGUCGGCACAUGAAGGGCUUCAACAGACUGAAGGUGAGGGAACCAGAUGCACUGCCAGUGGAGGAAGAUGUGGAGGCUGCACCUCAAGAAGGCAGCGAAGACUUGAUCGAUGAGAUUGUUCGUACAAAAUAUUUUGACAUGCCACCAUUGACUGUUGAGGAAGCCAUUGAGCAGCUGGAAAACCUUGAUCAUGACUUCUAUGGUUUCCGAAAUGAAGUAACAGGUGAAAUUAAUAUUUUGUACAAAAGAAAAGCUGGAGGAUACGGGCUUAUUAUUCCUAAAGAUGGUAAAACUGAGAAAUUAGAGGCAUUGGUUGUAAAACCAGCCCGGGAACCCUCUUUGGCAGAAUAGAUCGGCUUAGAAAAGGAGGGAUAUUUGUAAUAUAAUUGUGUCAUGGCAAAAUUAGAGAUGGGAUGUCAAGAGAUGCGGAAAUGACUCAAUCCAUGGUUUGAGAUCGAGUGAACGUAGAUAUUAAGGGAUGUUUGAACUCAUUCACCUUCAUUAUCAUUUUUGUAAAAUGAGAUUUGCAGUGUUGUGCCCAACAUAUUGACUGGAAAAGACACUGUGUACUCGCCAUGUAAUCUAUAUACAAGUUAAUGGCAAAGUUCUUUCUUUGGCCA